UAUGAAUUAUCAAAAUAUGGGCUUUGGAAGAAAAUCUCAGAACAGAGGGUUUGUGACGAGGAUGAAUAAGGUGGAUGUAAGGAGUCAGGAGAGGGUGCAGAGUAGUUAUCAAUACUAUACAGAGGAAGAUUUGGUCAGGCAAAAGAAUGAGCAUCAGCAAGAAAUUGAACAGAUAGAGAAAUAAGUGGCAGAAAAGGCUUGAUGCUGUACUCAAAUCGCAGAGGGAUUCAUAUGAGGAGUUUAGAGGGGUUAGGGAUGUUGACAGUUCAUUCCAGUCUUCUUUUGUUGAGAGACAAGCUGAUUCUUCACCCCAGCUUCAUGAAAACAGACUACAUAAAAUUGAGGGAGUUGAGAUGCGAAGACAGUAUGAAACCCAGAAAGAAACUCAUCUUAAGCAGAUUCAGGAAAGAGAUAGGAUCAUACUCAAGCUCCAAAAUGAAAAUACUAGACUUUCUGAAACCUUAGAGUCUAAGAAUGAAGAACUUCGUAAGAAAGAUGAUAGAAUAAAAAUUUACAUCACUAAGCUAUCCCAAUAUGAGAACCAGGAGAAUAUGAAGAUACUUAAUUUGAAUAAAAUAGAUCAUUCUGUAUGCAAAAACCCUCCUCAGGAACUAUCAAAUCAGGAAUAUAUGAGCAGCUGAAGGUCUAAUAUUCACCCAUGGAAGUGCCAUGAACAGGUUCUGACUACAUUUUCUUCAGAGGGUAAAUCUGAAAUCGAAAAUACAAAGCCUGUUCACAAUUCUAAAAACGAGCUGAUUCUUCUGAACCAGCUUCUCACCCAAAUUAAUUCAGCGAAGAUAAAGAGAAAUAAAAACAGACAUAAAACUAAGAGUAAGAGCUCUAUAAAGAAAGGUAGAAAUACAGUUUAUGAUGGAAUACAGAAGUUCAAUGGCUCUUUUGAGUCACACAAGCACUACUCCUCCCAACAGCCCUAUGGGAUGGAUUAUACUGAAUAA